CGUGUGCCCCGCCAGAGCCGGCAGAUGCGCCUGCGACGCCAUGGCCAGGCUGACGGGCGCCCGGCCCGUGGCCGCCCGGCGCUGGGGCUGCGCCGCCGCCUUCCUCCUCCUCCUCCUCACCGUGCAAGCCGCCCAAAAAGCCGACCUUAGCGGGGACUCCACGGCCGCCACCAUCAACCACUCGCUGACGCUGCUGCAGCGGCUGCAGGAGCUGCUGCAGAACGGGAACGGCAGCGACUCGGUGCUGCGGGUGCGCUCGGCCGCCUCCGACGAGGCCAAGGUGUUCCACACGCACCAGCUGCUGCUCAGCCUCCAGAGCGAGGUGUUCGAGAGCCUCCUGCGCAACCAGAGCGUCGUCACCCUGCACGAGCCGCCCGAGACCGCCGCGCUCUUCGACAAGUUCAUCAGGUACCUGUACUGCGGGGGGGUGUCCAUCCUGCUGCACCAGGCCAUCCCCCUGCACCAGCUGGCCAGCAAGUACCGGGUCUGGGGGCUGCAGCGCGGCGUGGCCGAGUACAUGAGGAGCCACCUGGCCAGCGAGUCGAGCCAGGGCCACGUGGUGGGCUGGUACCACUACGCCGUGCACGUCGGGGACGCGGCGCUGCAGGAGAGCUGCCUCCAGUUCCUGGCCUGGAACCUGUCGGCGGUGCUGGGCAGCGCCGAGUGGGGCUCGGUGAGCGUGGAGCUGCUGCUGCUGCUGCUGGAGCGCUCCGACCUGGUGCUGCACAGCGAGCUGGAGCUCUACACGGCCGUGGAGGGCUGGCUGAGCCGCCGGCAGCCCGAGGCGCCCGUGGCCGAGCGGGUGCUGCGCGCCAUCCGCUACCCCAUGAUCGCGCCCAGCCAGCUGUUCCGGCUGCAGGCGCAGUCAGCGGUGCUGGCGCGGCACCGCGGCGCGGUGCAGGACCUGCUCUUCCAGGCUUUCCAGUUCCACGCCGCCUCCCCGCUCCACUUCGCCAAGUACUUCGACGUCAACUGCAGCAUGUUCCUGCCCCGCAACUACCUCGCGCCCAGCUGGGGCUCCCAGUGGGUCAUCACCAACCCGGCGCGGGACGACCGCAGCACCAGCUUCCAGACCCAGCUGGGCCCCAGCAGCCACGACGCCGGCAAGAGGGUGACGUGGAACGUGCUGUUCUCGCCGCGCUGGCUGCCCGUCAGCCUGCGCCCCGUCUACUCGGACUCGGUGUCGGGCGCCAUCCAGCCCGUGCGCAUCGAGGACGGGCGCCCGCGGCUCGUCAUCACCCCGGCCAUGAGCAGCCCCGACUUCGCCGGCGUCACCUUCCAGAAGACGGUGCUGGUGGGCGUGCGGCAGCAGGGCCGGGUGCUGGUGAAACACGCCUACAGCUUCCACCAGAGCUCGGACGAGGCACCCGACUUCCUGGCGCACGCCGACCUGCAGAAACGCACCUCCGAGUACCUCAUCGACAACUCCCUGCACCUCCACAUCAUCAUCAAACCCGUCUACCACGCCCUCAUCAAGGUGAAGAAGUAACAAGGGACAGCCGGGCCCCACGGGGGCAAUGCUAGGUCCUCCUGCUCAUAGGUAGAUGGGGGUCCCCACAGUGGGGGACCCCGGGGCUGUGCUCUGCGCUGCCCAACCCUCCCCGAGUGUCCCCCUGCCAUGUCCCAUCCCCAUCGCUGUCCCUGGGGAUGGGGGAUGCUGGGAGCCCUCCAGCACUGGGCGGGGGGUGCUGGAGGCAGAACAUGCAGCCCACAGGCACAGUGCAGACCCCAUGGGGACAGGGACAGCCCAUCCUUCCUGUGGUGCCACCCCUGCAGCACUGGGACCCCUCUGUGUGGGCAGCUGGGUCCAGCUCAGGGGCAAACUGGGAGCUGCCAGGAUUGGGGCUGAGGGGUCCAUCUGCCUCUCCUAGUGGAGGAGGGGUGGGGGGCACCACCCCUGCUGAUGGUGGCAGCUGCCCCAUCCCUGUCCGGGCACCCUCAGCUUGUUCCUAAUAAAUCAGAAAA